AGACAGGCAUCCUGACAGGCAGCUUGGGGUCCUAGUUAGCUUGAAUGGAGGCAAACAGCCAGUACAAGUCUGUAGCUAAAAACAGUCUUUCUUCCUGUCCAGUUGGUUCAAUCAGAGUUUUGUUAACUUACGAAGAUUAUUAGAAACAGGCUGGUUAAUAAUAAAUAACUUAAUUUCGUCUGAAAACUUUCAGAUAUAAUAUAGUUAAGCUGGCCGAACCCCGUGUUGUUAGCUAGCUAAUUGUGUUUACCAACGUCUUGUGCUAGUCUCAUCUUUACUGUUAAAAGAUGGAUGUUUAUGCCGAAGUCGUUGACGUCGAUUCUACAAAACAACAAGAAAGACAUUACUACCUGUUGUCUGAGCUUCAGACUUUGGUCAAAGACUUACCAAGCUCAUUCCAACAGCGUCUAUCCUACAACACACUGAGUGACCUGGCUCUGGCACUCAUAGAUGGGACAGUAUAUGAGAUUGUGCAGGGCCUCCUGGACAUCCAGCAUCUGACCGAGAAAAAUCUGUACAACCAAAGGCAGAAGCUUCACUGUGAACACCAAGGACUUAAACAAGAUCUUGCACGAAAACACAAAGAUGCCCUGCAGUCAUGCAAGUCUCACAACCUUGCCCUUCUCAAGUCAAACCAACAAGCAGAGCAAGAGGCUCUGGAAAUUCGUGUGCGAGAGGAACAAAGAAUGAUGGACAAGAAGAUUGUGGCAGAAAUCGAUCAAAAAGUAAUAGACCAGCAGAACACCCUCGAGAAGGCGGGAGUCCCUGGGUUUUAUAUCACCACUAAUCCUCAGGAGCUGACAAUGCAGAUGAACCUUCUUGAAUUGAUCCUCAAACUUCAACAGAAGGAGUCACAAUCUGGGAUACUAUGAGAACAAUGACAGACAGACCUAAAUUUGCCUGUGAAGAAACAAAAGAACAUGUUGUGGCCAGAGACAUCACAUUCCAGCAAUUCUGAGAUUCAGCAUGCAUUUGCCAACAUGUAAUACUGCUAUCUCCAAGAAGCAACAAGUUCAGAAAAAGUUGAACAUGUGUUGUUCUGAGUGUGGUUAUCACACUUGUCUUAAACCUGUGAAAGAAACCUAGUUCUCAGGUAUUGAAGUACGAUGUUUCAAGUCCUGGAGGAGAGUUGUAUGCAGGCUGUGACGACUUAAAUGCCAUGUUGCACAUUGUGAAAUUAGGAAGCUGCUUUGUUGCAAAUCCUUUAGAGACACAUUGUCAACACCUUUAAGGACACAAAGGACAACAGAAAUGGUUGUAAGUCAUAGGCUGUGACCGUCCAGCAGCGAGAUGGUCUCACAAGAGCCUCUAAGAAUGAUAGGUGUCUCCUGAUGCCUCUGAAGCAGUUAACAACAGGUGGAGGGGAAAUUUCAUUGGUUAUGUGAGACCAAAUUCUGAGCAACAGAAAAUCAAUCAUUUGCAACUUUCCAAAUAUUAUUGCUGUCUGCAAUGGUGGAAGUUUAUUGUGCAAAAACCUUGUUCAUUGAUGGUGUCAUGAUGUUGUAGCUCUUUUUGGAGCAGACUUUAUAUAAGGAGUUUUUUUUGUUGUUGUUGCUGUUGUUGUUGUUGUUUUUUUACCUGUUCAGCUUGUUUUAAUUGUUUUGGUUCCAUGGGUCCAAAUUGGGUUGUGAGCCAACACCAGUGCAUUUAAACAGAUAUUUUCAAUGAACAUUUUAAUCAAUAAUAUGAUACACAGAGCUGCCACUUGCAACUUGCGCUGUUUGUGGGUAUCUUUACUGGACACCAAAAGUAAAUGGAUGCAUGAGCAAAUAAAUCUGCAGCUGAAUAGAAGUAAUAUCC